AGGAGCGGAAGUACACGAGUCCCAUUGCUUUUUCUCACGAGCAAUGGCGUGCCGCGCGGUGGGGCGCUUGCGUUUCCCAUGGAGCGGUGCGAAGUUUGUAGCCACAGCUCCUUCUUUUCAACUGUCAGCUGCCGAGGUAGCUAAGAUGCGAAAUGAACUGUUUGAUGGAGAGAAAAAGAGGCAGCUGUCGCUCAAUCCUCGAACUGAGAAGAUUGAAGUUAAGCAUGUUGGAAAAUCUGACCCUGGGGCUACAUUUGUGAUGAAUAAAAAUCUUUCAACUCCUUAUAAUUGCGCCAUGCAUUUAAGUGAAUGGUAUUGCAAGAAAUCCAUUUUGGCUCUUGUGGAUGGGCAACCCUGGGACAUGAAUAAGCCUCUGACCAAGUCAUGUGAAAUUAAAUUUCUUACUUUUAAAGAUGAAGAUCCUGAAGAAGUGAACAAGGCCUAUUGGCGUUCUUGUGCCAUGAUGAUGGGGUGUGUGAUAGAAAGGGCAUUCAAAGAUGAAUACACAGUUACUUUAGUCAGAGUUCCAGAAAUUCCAGUGAUUGCUGGAGCCUUCUGCUAUGAUGUCAUUUUGGACAAAAGACUUGAUGAAUGGAUUCCAACACCUGAACACCUGCGUUCUUUCACAAAGGAUGCUCAUGCCUUAAUUAAUAGAGAUCUUCCAUUUGAAACUUUGGAAGUUGAAGCAAAACUGGCAUUAGAAAUCUUUCAACACAACAAGUACAAAAUGCAGUUUAUAGAAGAGAAAGCAUCAGAGAAUCCUGAGAGAAUAGUAAAACUAUACAGAUUUGGUGACUUCGUGGAUGUUAGUGAGGGUCCCCUCAUUUCAAGGACAAGUAUUUGCUUCCAGUAUGAAGUUUCAGCAGUCCAUAUUCUUCAAGGCGCCCAGCUAGAUCAUGUACGAAGAUUCCAGGGCCUUUCUUUACCAGUUCACUUAAGAGCACAUCAUACUAUAUGGCACAAAUUAUUGGAAAGAUCUCGGAAAAUAGUAACAGAAGAUGAAAAUAAAGCAACAGUGGAAAAUGCAGCUGUUUGAUCAUUCCUGAAUUUUUAAAAUAUUGACAAUAAAUUAAAAUUUACAAAUAUUUUUA